AUGGAUUAUAUUUUUAUCCUCACCGCUCUUGUCGUUAUAAGUUUUAACAUCGGACACAGUAGUGCCGCACCAGUCAGCAGUCUGCCAACAGGAGAACCAUGGAAAACACCAUGUUCAGGAAGUUCCCCAGUUGUAACAAAUCCAGCAUUAACUCUUCCAUCACCAACAAUAUCUGUGACUGAAAGAUUGAACUCUUUAAUUUUGAAGUUCAAGGACACGAUAGAACUUAGUAGCUCUUUAAAACAGAAGAUAGGAGAUUUAUUACAGAAUACUGAAUUAGUUACUUAUUUAGAGCACGAUACGGAGUUAUUGCAGGGCUUUCCUAGUGUCGUAUCAGAUACAUUGUCUCUAAAAGAAAAUUUAGUCAUAGACAAUGAACGAUUUGCCGCUCUUUAUAUUUUUUUCGAACAAUCAGCAAUUGAUAGUGAAUUUAAAUCAGACUUCAAAAUCUACUCCAACAAAAUAUUGAACAUCCUUUGUGAGAUCCAAACAAUAUCUAGUCAUGAAAAACAGGAGAUAGUGUCCAAGGUUUCUCGUAAGGUUAUGUUGGACGGUUACCGGACCUUGAGUUCGGCCCAUCGAAUGGAAAGAGAUUACAUCAUUCUCCGAGAUACCACGAAAAUUCUCGAAUCCGUCAUUAAUGUCUAUAAUUUUCACGCUGCCCAUUAUUCAUAA